ACCCACACCCCACACCCACACCCCACACCCACACCCACACCCUCCGUAUUCAUCUUUGUCUCAUCCUCACCAUCCAUGGAUUUUCACCUUCGCGUUCUAUCCUUUUCUCCUAAUGUGUGUACUUUAGCAUUGUCGUGCUUGCUCGGCGUGCCCUUCUUUUUCAUGCAUGCACUUUGGAAUAUCACUAUGGUGUCUUGCCUCGUGCAUGACGUCUUUUCCCAUACAUGCACUUUGUCGUUUCUUACUGCAUUCUCCAAGGACAUUCUAACGGGUGUUCCAGAAAGAAUGGGCCUCUCCGUAUUCUACUGAUAUCUCCAUCAAAUCUAAUUCGUUCAGGAUUAUUUUUUUUUAAAAGAUAGAUUUUUUCAAGCUCUACAAGAUGACACAUUUCUUAUUUAUUUAAACAAUGUCCGUCAUUUUCUAAAAGACACUUUAAACGAACAGUCCAAGAUGAGCAACUUUGUAGGACAACAUCCUGUCGAAUUUUUUUGACUGCACGUUUUAAUUCAUCAAUUAUUGUGGCUUUGGAUGUUACUUUCUUUCAGUUGACACAUUGUGCAAAUUCAUCCCAGAUGCAAUAGCCCAAAGAGUUUAAAUCUUGACUAUUCGGUGGCCAAUGAUCUUUAUCUAUGAACGAUGAAAAGUUGUCCUGACACCAUUUUGUGUUAGGUGAUGGACGUGGGGUUUUGCAUCGUCUUGUCGAAAUGUCCAAUGUUCUCCAAAGGUUUUAUUUCCAUAUUUAAGUGCAAUUGGAAGAACUUUCUGGAUAUAUUCAACAUGAUCUACCGUUCCUUGGUCAAAAAUAACUAAUGAUGUUACUCCUUUGGAGCAAACGCCAAACCAGAUCAUGACCUUUUGAGGAAAUUUCUGUUUCAUUUUGAUGCCAUCUUUUUCAUCUGCUACAUCUCGACUGGCAGCACAAAUACGUUGAUUUUGGAAAUUGUAUAUACCGUCGAGAUCAAAAAUUUUUUCAUCUGAAAAUAAGAUGCACGCCGUGCCCUCUUUUCGAAAACUAUUACAGACCCAAUUAACGAUUUUUUUUCGUUUGUUUUUGUGUUCUUCCAUAAGUUUUGGUUCGAUUAUCAUCUUGUAGGCAUGGAAUUUCAGAUAAUCUUUCAAUAUUCGAUGUGCAUUUGAUUUGGAUAUGCUGUAUUCCUUAGCCAAACGUUGAACUAAUACCAUCUUCUUUUGAUGGAGUUUGCGCUUGACUUUCUCGAUCAUUUUACUGGUUCAAGCAAAACAUGGACCACCCAAGGAUGCUGACAACUGGAUAGAACCGGUGUCACAGAUCAUCUUACGCCAUCUUUUGAUAGUAUUUAAUCCCAAAGAACCAUUUAAAUCACGAAAGAUCUUACAAGGGAACCAUCUCAAGUGAUCUACGCUAAUUUCGCUCAUAUUUUGCCCAUAUGUAAGGGUCAUCAUGCUAAGAGAAAGCCUAAGAGGACAUGUGCUCAUAUUGUGAUUUGACUGAGAUAUUCAAGUUUUACGCAAAUUUCUCUGUAGGAUCCUGAUUUCCUAGCAAUAUCGUAUUUUGAAAUUUUCACCUGAAACUUGGCUCUCAUAAAGCCCUCAAUUAGAUUAGCUGGUAAAAAGAUUUCAGGAGUGUUGGAUAUAGCAUCAUCGAGAUAUGAAUUUUCCAAAAUAGAGGCGCCUUUCUAUGGAUAUUGUAUAAAACAUGAAUAUUUUGGAAAAUUCAUAUCUCGAUGAUGCUAUAUCCAAUACUUCUGAGAUUUUUUUCACAAGCUAGUCUAAUUGAAGGCUUUAUAUGGACCAAGUUUCAGGUGAAAAUUUCAAAACACGAUAUUGUUGGAAAAUCAGGGUCCUACAGAGAAAUUUCAGUAAAACUUGAAUAUCUCAGUCAAAUCGCAACAUAGAAAUAUGCCUCUUAGGCUUUUUCUUAGCAUGAUGACCCCUAUAUAUGGGCAAAAUAUGAGCAAAAUCGGCGUGGAUCACUUGGGAUGGUUCCCUCGUUAGUAGGACUAUCACCAUCUUCGUAUUUACGAAAAAUUACUUUUUGAAGAUCUUUAUUUUUCAUCUUAUACUGAAGAUAAAAUAAGUUGGAAUGAAAUAAGAAACAUAGAUUCUUGUAGAAGAUAACAGGACGAAUCUUUUUAAAAAAAGUGACCAAGAACGAAUUAGUUUUGAUAGAUAUUUCAGUAAAAUACUGAGAGGCCCAUUCUUUCUGAGACACCCGUUAUACUACACAAUAGUACAUAGCGACAAGGAAAAUGCAAUACGAUGCAGUUUUACAAUAUACGAAAUAAAGUAUAAACCCCCGCCCGUAAUAGAAGUCCCUCCCAUAUUAGAAGCCCCCCGGAGAGCGGUCGAUAUGAAAGAUGUAUUAUAAGCCCAGGGCUUGUAUUACAUCCAAGAGCUUUCAGAGUUUAUUCAAAAUCAGUCUUCCUCCCAACACUGAUAGUUUACAUUGGCAAGCUCUCUGCACGUGAGAAAGUGUACUAGACAACACCUCAUAUAUUGCUUGCCGAUGGCUCCAACGAUAAAGAAAACGCGGAUGUGAAUGCCUAGCGGUAUGGCUGUGGGUGUAAAUCAAAAGAAGGCAAAGUCCACACCGACCCACCGACACCUAAACUCACAACUACACCCACAUCCACACACUCACAACAUUAAACUUCUUUCGGAAGAAGUAGUCUAAUUAUAUAUAUUUGUACAUGACUUUUUUUUCAUCUCACUCUUUUUUUGUAAUUUAUUACAUAAAACAGUAUGUUUUUUUGUAUAUUUAUGACAUAGAAUAAUUAUUUUGUUUUGUAUAUUUAUAUUAAAUUUCAGUGUUGUAAGAUUAUUUGAACUUAUCACAAAUAGAUAGUCCAGAUGAUUGAAACGAUGACUCCAUUAUAUACUUUUCGAAAUUUCUGUACGAAAGCCAUAAUAGUAGCCCACCCCAUUAUAGAAGUCCCCUCCAAAAAUAUUGAACGGUGGAUAGUUUAGAAGCCCAUAUAGGCUUCUAUUAUGGGAGGAGGUUUACACAGAAUAGUCAUCUAGUAGUGUCCACGGUAUCAGAAAUCGUCACAUAAGGGUCACAACGAAUUCGAGUUUUCCUUAUUCAUAUUCGUUCUUUGAUCUAUGUUGAGUCUCCAAAGGUGCGUGCUAGAUGCAGAGUUUCCUCCAUCAUCCAGUGUGUCUGCCCACACUUUAGAUAUUAUACUUCGAAUCCACUCAUCAAUGACAUACCUGUUUUACAGAAAAUUGAGAUACGCUAUUUUGUAGAGCUUAUCAAGGGUUACAAGAUGUACUAUUUAGGUUUGAAUUUGGAGUGAGUUAAGACGUCAAAGACGACUGUUUGACAAGGAAGCACCUUGAAGUGAUGAAAAAUUUACUAGUAAAAUGUGCAUUUUUCUUCGAAAUUUUUGCAUAUAUCUUGGAAAUCUCGUUCGAUCGUUUUGAAAAUUCAAUCACAGAGAGAAUUUUGGCUGCUCUUUCUACUGAUAGCCUCUGAAUUUCAAAGUUUUUUGAUCAUGCAUGGAAAGCUUUCUAGAGACUCUCUGAAAACCCCGAGAAUUUUGAACGAACGUUUUUUGCUUUUGACUACCACAGAUUGUAGCCUAUAUGAAAUUGUAUCCAUCCUAAAAUUCCUAUCUUUUAGUGCCUUCUGGCUAACGAGACACAAAAAUAUCCAAUCAGCAUCACUACCAUCAUAUCUGAAAAAAGGACGACCUGGUCGUGAAAACGCCUUUCUUUUCCCAAGAAGGCAAUAAAGCAAUUAGGUGAACAGCGGUAUACCAUCCUAAGGAUGGACGCUUUACACAAUGGUGAAAGCCAUAUGUUUCACGCGUGUAGUAGAAGGGUAGUUGCAUGAACUUUGGGCCAACCUAAUAUUUCAAACUACAUAUAUAUGAGGAAAGAGACAUAAAUGCUAAGCGCAAGGAAGGACACAAUAGUGUUAUUCUAAAGUACAUGUAUGAGAAGGAAGGGAUAAACAUCAGUACCAGGAAAUGACACAACAGUGCCAUUUCAAACUAUAUGUAUGAGAAGAAAGAGACGAAAGUAUAUGAUCGUUUGGAUAAGUUAUAGAUAUGAAAGAACAUUACAGUCAUUUCAAUCAGGAAUAUGCAACAACUACAUAUUUUUGCUAGAUUGUUGCAGAUACCUCUCUAUAAUAUCUCUUAAGAACCUAUGGGUAUUCCCAUAAUAUAGGCCUUAAGAACCUAUUGGUACCUCUCUGUAAGAGCUCUUAAGUACCAAUGGAUACUUCCAUAGUGUAGCUCUCGAGGACCUGUGCGUACUUCCAUAAUAUAACCCUCGAAGACCUAUGGGUACCUCUGUAUAAUAGCCCUUGGGGACCUAUGGGCACCGCUAUAUGAUAGCCCCUCAAUACUUUUGAGUACUUAUAAACUACUGAUGGUUUAGUAAAUCAUAGAUUAGUUAGUUAUAUACGCAGUCGGACUGAGUGCCCGGUCUCCAGUUCUGAACUGGCACUUCUGCAUAGCUACAUAUGAGUAAAGGAAAGAUUUCCGAGCUGUAUGAUUUCCAAACAGAUAAAUGUACAAUUUAAUUAUCUAAACAGGAUGUACAAAUAGUCGUUUAUAUUUACUUUACACAAAUAAAUAGUAAAUAUUUUAUUUGUUUUGCUUUGGUAAAGUAAAAGUAAAGUGCCACCUCUACGUGACAAUACUUUGCGUGACGCAUCGUGAAUAUGCGUUUCGAUUGAAAAUAGCGAAAAGCAUAAGAGCAGAUGCUUUCACCGUCGUUCUAAGUACCAACAGACAAAAAUUACUGCGUGAAAUAACCAAGCGUCAGAAUAUUGCAAUGAAUAAAAAAACAAACAAUUCACAGCCGUCAUUGGCUACCUGGAGAAGGAAAGAUAAACACCCAUCAACAUAGUUCUUCUUUGUGACGAAUUCUUCCGCACCGAACUCUCCGUAAACUUUCACCCAAGAAAAGUGACGCAGUUUACCUAUAAUCAAAGAUAAAUAUGACGUCAGAAUCAACUCGCCACUUUUGGUUUUUUCCUCUCGUAGUCCACAUACUUUAAGUGAUAAGAGAGCAUGUGUAGGUUAAAAGCAGACAACGCCAACAGAGAGCAUCAAAACCUCCAUGAUUUUUCUCGGGUAGGUGAAUUUUCAGCACGGGAAUUUCCAGCACGGAACGUUCAGCACGGAAUUUUCAGCACAGGAACGUUCAGCACGGAAUUUUAAGCACAGGAACGUUCAGCACUAGGAAUAAUCAGCAUGUUGAAUUUUCAGCACGCGAACGUCCAUCAUGAAAAACACACUGUGAGGCUCUUGGUAUAGGUAAGAGCGUAGCUGCAGGUGCCGGAUGGGUGUUGGUUUGGUACUGGGCAUCCUUCUCUAUGUGUGGGUUAGCGGAGUGUAUUUUUUACUCAUUUUCGUCCAUACACACACCUAGAUUCACACUCAGAUCGGCACCAGAACCUCACAAACACAUAAAUCUCCAUCUAUGGCUCCGCCCGCAACGACACCCACAUCUACGCUUAUUAUCUCACUUACACCCACAGGCACCUACAGCCACACCAAAACCCUCGCGGUGUGGUUUUUGAUGAUGGACGUUCGCGUGCUGAAAAUUCAACGUGCUGACUAUUCGUAGUGCUGAACGUUCCUGUGCUGAAAAUUCCGUGCUGAACGUUCCGUGCUGAAAAUUCCCGUGCUGAAAAUUCCGGUUCCCAUUUUUCUCUCAUAGAUCCUUUUUACGUUCACUAGUUUUAGACACCAUGGAAUUUCUAAUGAUAGCCAUUUUUCUAUUCACAUUGACUCUCAUUUGGGUCAAAACAAGGCCUAAAAAUGACUCAAUUCGAGUGCAAGAAUUCAAGACGGUCACAGGAGACGAAAGCGCCUCUAUUGACCUUUCUUGGACAUCUGUUGCCGGUGCUACUGGUUAUAAAAUUCAGCGAUCACCGGCCUAUUAUUGUAAAUCAGAAUUCACUACAAUUGCAACUAUUUCGAACGGAUGGAAAACUAACUAUAUCGACAGGUCAGAUCUGAUUAAUGGACAAAAUUACUACUAUAAGAUUGCUGCUAACGAUGGUCAAUCUACAGGUCGAUUUUCAUCAAUCAUACAAGCGAAGCCAGAACUUGCACGACCAAUUAAUUUCAAGGCACUCCCAGGUCAUGAAAGUGCCUCAAUUGACCUUUCAUGGACACGUGUUAUUGGUGCUACUGGUUAUCAAAUUCAGCAAUCAUCGACCAAUAAUGAUAGAGCUAUAUUCACUAUAAUUGCAACUAUUUCGAACACAUCAACAACUAACUAUAUUGACAAGUCAAAUCUUAUCAAUGGGCAGACUUACUAUUACAAGAUUGCUGCCAAGGAUGGUCAAUCUACUGGUCGAGUUUCACCAAUCAUACAAGGAAUCCCACAACUUGCGCCGCCAGAUAGUUUCAAGGCAGUCACAGGUCAUGAAAGUGCCUCUAUUGACCUUUCGUGGACAAGUGUUGUCGGUGCUACUGGUUAUGAAAUUCAGCGAUCAUCGACCAACAAUGAUGCAGCUAUAUUCACUACAAUUGCAACUAUCUCGAACACAUCAACAACUUACUAUAUCGACAAGUCAAACCUUAUCAAUGGGCAAACUUAUUAUUACAAGAUUGCUGCCCAGGAUGGUCAAUCUACUGGUCGAUUUUCACCACUCAUGUACGCGAAUCCACAACUUCCGUCGCCACAUAAUUUCAAGGCAGUCACAGGUCGUGAAAGUGCCUCUAUUGAUCUUUCAUGGACAAGUGUAACCGGUGCUACUGCUUAUGAAAUUCAGCGGUCAUCAACCAAUAACGAUGCAGCUAAAUUCACUAUCCUUGCAACGAUCUGGAACGCAUCAACAACUGACUAUAUGGACAAGUCCAAUCUGAUUAAUGCACAGACGUACUAUUAUAGAAUUGCUGCAAGCGACAGUCGAUCGACCGGUCGAUUUUCACCAAUCAUACAAGCGAAUCCACAACUUGCGCCGCCACAUAAUUUCAAGGCAGUCACAGGUCAUGAAAGUGCCUCUGUUGACCUUUCGUGGACCAGUGUUGCCGGUGCUACUGGUUAUGAAAUUCAGCGACCAUCAACCAAAAACCAUGCAGCUAAAUUCACUAUCAUUGCAACGAUCUGGAACGCAUCAACAACUGACUAUAUGGACAAGUCAAAGCUGAUUAAUGGACAGACGUACUAUUAUAGGAUUGCUGCAAGCGACGGUCCAUCGACAGGUCGAUUUUCAUCGAUAAUACGUGGGAACCCACAACUAGCGCCGCCGGCUAAUUUUAAGGCACUCGCAAGUGAUGAAAGCUCCUCUAUUGACCUUUCAUGGACAAGUGUUGUCGGUGCUACCGGUUAUGAAAUUCAGCGAUCACUGGACUCUUAUUUUACAUCGAAAUUCACAACAGUUGCAACUAUUUCGAACGGUUGUACAACUAACCAUGUUGACAAGUCAAAUCUUACCAAUGGUCAAAUUUACUAUUACAAGAUUGUUGCAACCGAUGGUCAAUCUACUGGUCGAUUUUCAUCAAUCAUACAAGACUAUUUUCUAAAUAUGUACUCUACCAUACAUCGCCUUCCAUGUAAAUAUGGUAGUCAAUGUGAACAUAUUGAUGAUAAAGAACAUUGCAAAACUUAUUCACAUCCGGGCUUUUGUAUAGAAAAAGGUUAUUGUAAAGAUAUGAGUGAAUUACAUUUAUUAAUAUAUCGUCAUGUUCCAUUAUGUAAUGAUGGUCUAAGUUGUUCAUUAUUUAUUAAAAAUGAUAAUUCUCAUUGUACAACAUAUCGUCAUAGUAAAAAUAAUUGUGAAUUUGGUUUAUAUUGUAUUAAUUUUCAUAAUCAUGAACAUAUUGAAGAUAAAAAUCAUCCAUUUAAUUCUCCAUGUCCAUAUACACCUUAUAUGUGUGAAUUGCAUGAUAAAUUAUUAGAAAAUAUUGGGGAAAUCGAAUCUUCAAUUUCAUCGAAUAUUAAAAUUCAUUGUUCUCGAUAUUCUCAUAUUUGUCCCUAUGGACGGCAAUGUACUGAUCAAUUAUAUAAACAACAUAUUAAGUCAAUUAUCCACAUUAUUCGAUUUGAAUGUCCUAAUAAAGAGAAUUGUCAAUUAAUUGAUGAUGAAAAUCAUUUAAAUUCUUAUUCUCAUCCAGCUAUUUGUGAUAUUCGUCUUUUAUGUUCAUAUAAGAAAUUCGAUUGUCCUGAUCGUUCGAAUCUCGAACAUAUAAAACAAUAUCGGCAUACUGGUCAUAUCGAACAUAUUGGUGUGAUUGGUUAUUUAGGUUUAAAUAAAAAUAUUAAUUUUGUUCAAAAUCAUAAUGAAAUGAUACGAAAUAUCCAAACUUAUCUUCAAUCAGCUAAAUGGGAUCAAACAAUUAUUACCAUUUCCGAUGAAUUAAAACAAUGGAUUCGUGCAUUACAACCGACUCAUCGAUGUAAUAAACUUAUUUUUGAAUCAAUUCUUGUUCAUGGUCAUAUUAUGAGUAGAGAUCAUAUGAAUUCAUUAACAAAAUCAGAUUCAGUAGCUAAAGCUGCUAAACAUCAUACUAAAAUAAAACGUAUUUUUGAUAAAAUUAACAAUCCUAGUGUUAAACAAACAUGUGAAGAAUAUAUUAAAAUAUUAGUUGAAAUUCAAUUUAAUAAAAUUGGUAAGACAAAAACUGUUUCGGAAUCAUCAGAAGACGAAUUAUUAAAAUCAAAAUUACAAGAAAUAAAGUUAAAACUGAAUAGAUUAGAUAGAUAUAUAACAAAUGAAGACAUUGAAACUAUUCGAGAAUUAACAAUUGAAAUAGCUGAAGCAUCAAUUGGACUUCAUUCAAAUCCAACUGGUAUUGGAUUUGGACCUGAUCAAACUUUAGGAACAAAUAAACAUGUUUUUGGAAUUCUUGGUCCUCAUACUGGCUAUUAUUAUGGAGAUAUUAUUCUUGUCUUUCGCCAUGAACUCAUGUAUCAUCCUGAUAGUAAUUUUUCCAUUCAAGCAGCAACAACAUUUGGACAAAGUAAAAAUGCAUAUAAAUUUCGACCAUGGCUUACAGAUCCAGGUUCUCCUGAAACACGUAUUGAACAUUUUCAUCGAAAUAAAUUACAUUGUUCGAUACCAGGAUAUGAAGAUGCUGCUGCUUAUGAACUUAUGGCAUUGACAGGAUUACCAAGAAAAUCUCUAACAAAUAUUGAUCUUAAAGCUAUUCAACAACGAUGGCUCAAUAUUGAUUCACAUUGUGUUUUCGAAGCACAUUUACCUCAAUUAAUACCAUUAGAUUAUAUUGAUCGUGUUUAUAUUGCUAAAACAACAUUUGAUUCUCUUUCAACAUCUGCUCAACAAUCGGCUAAAACAAUCUUUGCUGAUGCACUUUGCAUAACAGAUCAUCAAAUUGAUAUUAGUAUUAAACCUGCUGGACUUCAUCAACCAUUAGAUCCAACACGUAUUCCAUAUCAAUCAUUUGUGGUUAAAGAAAUGUGUCAAACAAUUGAAAAUCGAACUAAGUCAUUUCCAUUAAUUGAAGGUACUAUUAUGACAUUACCGGCUUAUUAUUUUAAAGUUCAUAUUAUUCUACCUAUUACAAUAUCACAAUCAAUAAGUCAAAUAGGAUCAACAGAUUCUUCGAAUAAUUUCGUAUACAUUUAUUGGAAAACAUUUAGUGGAAAUAUGAUGUUAACAUUAACGGAUCAAAUUAUUGAUACAAAGAUUGAACAGAAAGAUCUUCAAUGUCUUACUUGUUAUAUUGCUCCAUGGCCAUCAAAGAAUAUUGUGAGAAAUACAACACAAUCUAUGCCUGAAUAUCAUGAAGAUUAUUCAUAUAUCAGUAAUCAUCAUCCGGAGAUGCAUGAUAUUAUUUUACAUGACAAAGAUUUUAAAGCAAGUUCAAAUUCAUUUCAUCGUGGAUCUAAUAUUGAUGAUUUUAUUAUUUAUAAUCUUAUCCUUGAUCGAACGACAAAUCAAGUUACUUUAGCAAUCGUUGGACCAAAUUGUUUAUAUAGUCAUCAUAAACUUAGUUAUACAUUCAAUAAAACAGAACUUGAUCUAAAUAAUCUUGAAUUUAUUCAAAUAAGUUCAGGUUCACAUACAGUACCUAUACGAAAUCUGAUUAUUCGACAUGCACCUAUUGAACAACUUCAUCCAUUGAUUGACUUCGAUUUUAUUAAAACCAAUUUUACUUCUUCUGGAAUCUCUACUGGAAUGUCCAUCGUAGAUUCAAAAAAGUUAUCUAAUCUAUGUCCUAAUUCAAUUCAUUGUCUACUUCUAUAUUCUGAUUCGGAAGAAGGAAGAAAACACAAUUCACAAUAUACUCAUCUAUGUCAUUUUUCAGAAAAAUGUCGUAAUAAAGCAAUUGAACCACAUCUUAUUCAUCUUCCACAUAAAAUUCCUAUGUGUCAAUAUAAUAAUCAAUGUCAACAACUUGCAGACUCUAUUCAUCGUGCACAAUUUCGUCAUUCUAAUUUGCCAGAUUAUCUCGUUCCCUGUCGAUAUCAACAAAAUUGUAGAACGAAAACGCCAGAACAUCGAAUUAAAUAUUCUCAUGGAGAAAAUAUACCAUUACCAUCAUCUAUAGAACAAACACAUGACAAAACUGAUGACAAUUCAUAA